CAGCCGUCAGCGCAGUGCCUCGCCGCGUCAACUAACAACUACUACGAACUUUUUACACACCGCUCUCCCGACCACCUUUGCAGACAAUCAAAUUAAAAAAAAAAUACCGUGAAAGUGUCAAAGUGCAUAGUUUUUUUUGUUAAUUUUUUUAUGCAAUGUGUCUAUCUAUAGUGCCAAGUUCGAACCUUUGGAUGUACUGAAUUUUCAAGAUUCAAAUAGUGCUUUUUUGAAAUUUGUUUUUUUAGUGAUGUAUGUACAUUAAAAACUUAAUAUAUUGACGUUAUUUAAUAAACGUUUGCUGAAUGAGAUUGCUAACGAUAUGCCACAAACACUAGCGUGAUGACGUAGGUACAUAAUGUGCGAGCGCGUCACAGUGACGCAUGCGCGGACUUUGAAGAACCAAUAGUGAAGUGCGUGUACCGAUAGAUUUCAAUCGAUACUGUGAUCGAUUGCGUUGUGAGAAUCAAUCCCGAAUGAACACCCUGAUGCUCACAACCGGCGGCGCGGUGGACGAACAACCCUGUGUAGACAACAAUAUGGCGUUUUCUUCUUACAAUAUGAUGGACUCCGGAGGAGCAGGCAUAGCGGAAUCACCUCCCACCUACCAUCGUACCUACGAACAAUAUGUCCAAGGAGCCGUUGAGAACAGCACUGACUCAGUCCAAGAACAAACCAGUCCCGAACUAGUGGUAUGGUCAACCCUACCUUAUGGAAUAGACUAUAGAGCUCAAUAUGACUAUAGAAGCCCCUACGAUACCGGCAGAGACUACUCCACUCAGCAAUAUGCUAGAGCUCCCUUCACGACAAAAAUGGGACAGGCCAAAGCAUUGAAAGAGGCCAGAAUAAGAAGGCCGAUGAACGCGUUCAUGGUGUGGGCGAAGGUAGAAAGGAAGAAGCUGGCUGAUGAGAAUCCCGAUCUUCAUAAUGCUGAUUUGAGUAAAAUGCUAGGUAAAAAGUGGCGCUCGCUCACACCGCAAGACAGGCGGCCGUUCGUGGAGGAAGCGGAGCGGCUCCGGGUCAUCCAUAUGACUGAGCACCCCAACUACAAGUACCGGCCUCGGCGACGGAAGCAGAACAAGACUCGGCCCAACCAGCCCUCCACGCCAGCGAGCGCGCCGCCCGCCACCUCCGCAGCGCUCGGCUCGCCCUAUGCGGCUGGCACGGACUCACCCGACCCUCGCUUCAGUCACAACCCCGGAGCCGGCUUCUCCCCUUACCGAACCUCGCCUCUCGCAUCUGACUUCCAAAACAAUCAACAAUUCAACGGGCAUGUCCAAACUCCAGAAUCAUCCCCAGCGCGGUCUCCCGAACCACAAGGCAGGAGGAGCGCACCAGCUGAAGCUCCACUACCCACACCUGAUGCAUCUCCAGUUGAAAAUGAAAAGGAAAACUUUCAAUAUGAGGAGAGAAGGCGGGCGAUUAAUGCGUCCUCAAUGUCUGACUCGUACUCACCUUACAAAACUUAUAGAACGCCGGGUUCCUUCUCGCCAGCGCCAGUCGCAGCCAUGGGAAUGGCUAACGGAAUGUACGUCAUGUGCACGCAGAGGACUUUGACUGAACAGCCGCCUCUGGUAACAGGAACGUUCUUCCCACCAGUCGCAACCUCACAAGACCAACAAGCUCUUGGUACUUCAACGCCAAGAGUUUCUAACGCUCCGAGCGGCCCCGUGCCCACGGAGUACACCAUUCAGUAUCAUCCCUUCGAGCAGUAUGAACAGAUGUAUAAAACAGAAGACUCGUAUGUGUCUCAUUAUCCGGAUCAGCCAAAAACUGAGUAUGACACUGGCGGCAGCUACUUCUCUGAGGAGCCGCCGAAUAAUCAGCAGCAAGAAGGAGAACAGAACUUCAUGAACCCUCGUCCGGAGAUUAGAACGGGCUCACCUGAGUCUGAUGUGGAUGCUAGGGAGUUUGAUAAAUACUUGGAUUACGGAGCUGAGGGUCCACUAGACCAACACCAGCAGCAACAGCAAUACAGAUACGAGCAGCAGCAGAACUACCGGCCUCCGUACUGCCCCGAGCAGGCACCGGGUCCCGAGUACUGCUCCGAGAGGAUGUACGCCUCACCAUACGCGUCUGUGAUCGCUGGAGCCCCUCCCGCUAACUACGUGCCCACUGCGCCCGGCUCUGACGUCAGGCCCGAAGACGAAUUCAGCGUAAUACUAGCCGGGGUCCGGCAGACUUGUUACAGCAAUUGACUAGAUAGGACUGACACGGGGUAGCAAAUGGACUCUUCCUAAACUGUAGCCCAAAGAGUUGAUUUCCUUCCAAAUGUAUUGUGGAAUGUACGAGAGUGUCCUGCGAUAAAGUGAUAUUGUUCUACUUAAAUUAGACACAAAAUAUGAAUGUGAUGUUACGCUACGCGUUCGCAUAGAUUGUGUACCGCAAAGGCAAGGUGAUGUAACUCAGAAAUAUAAAUAUAUUUUAUAACUAGCUCGCAACCUUAGCGAUUUUUGUAAUUUGUUUAAAACUUUUCAAUUAUUUAUUACACUGUGAAUAAAUUUAAAAGGAGAGUAACGUAUUUUAAGUGAAUUUAUACGAUUUGUAAGAAAAAUAAAAGAAAAACAAAAAAUAUUAUAAUUAUAAAAGCGACGGCGACGGCUUGUAUGCACGUUUGAAGUUCCAAAAUUGUCUGUGCCUUGUUGUUGGUAUGUACGGAGUGUCAGCGGCAGCAAUUUGUGACAGCGACUGUUAUAUGUAGUAAGACUUUGAAGAUAUUUAAAAUAAAAUAAUUUUAUGUGAAUUGGUGCUAUGUGAAGAGGUCCUAAAAUAUUUUUUGUACGUCCAAAUCCGUAUACCAUAGAGGUAGCGAGUACUACGAUUCCUAUGUAAAAGAUUAUUUAUUUGUAACUAUUUUUGUAUAUUUCGUAGAUAAACUAAAAUGAGCGUCGAAUUAAAUGAAAUAUAGUUCUUCCAAUAAGCCUGUAGAUAUAUAUUUAAGUCGUAUUUUUAUAUCGUUAUAGUUGAUAAAUAUUAUACAAUUACUGUUUCUGUAUAAACUGUUAGAAUAUUUUAAUAAAAAAUAUCUCAUAGGUUAUAAUUAUUUUGACUAAAACUAUACCUAGUUAAAUUGUUUUUAGUUUAUUCUGCAAUUCUUUAGACUAGUAAAAGACACUCGCACUGCGAAACUAAGUUCUUCCUAAUUGUAAGAAAAUUUAUAAGGAACAAUAAAACUUAUUCAUUAUGCAA